CCCCGGACAAACGUCCGUCCACCGCCCAAUGCGGCAGAAAAAUCAUGUAUCAUUCUGCCGCGUCUGUCCGCCCAAAAAGCGGAGAAUCUCUGUUCGAGUCCAGUGCGCUGCCACCAAAUUACCACCCUGAAACAGUCCAGCAAGACCAUUCCGACCUUUCUUUUGACUCAUUGAACAUAAUCCAUCUCUCUCUGCAUUGUGUCUUUGUGCCUUUCGCACCAUGGCACCUCCGCGCCAGCGCACCACCGCCAUAGUGGACGACUCCAGAUCCGAAGCUUCCAGCGGCACGAGAGAAUACAAAUCCACAGCCCCGAAGAGUAGGAAGACGGGUGCAGCUAAGGAAAAGGCAUCUGUGACCAGUGCGCCAAUUGCACAAGAUGUCGAUGAUCAACAACCAAGAGUCCCUUGGUCCGACCUCCCUCUCGACAUCCUCCACGCCUACCGUCACGUCCACAAACUCCCCACCCCCUCUGCCUUCUCAAACGAUUACUCCCGCAUAGUCCUCUCUCAAGGCGUCGGUCUCCGCUCCCCUACAGCCCUCGCCGCCCGCCGCGCAAACAACACCACAACCCGGCACAACCACAACCAAACCCAUACUACAGCCACAUCUUCGCAUGCUACGGGCAGCGGAAGUGGUAGUGGAAGUGGAAGUGGAAGCGAGCGCGAAGAGCCAUUGCGCCGCAUAAUCGGACAAGACCGCGUGAGCAAAGAUGCGUUCGCGCUUGUGGUGCGGAAGCAUUUUAAUAGUGCGGGGUUGUCGGAGCAGGAGAGUAUUGCUAGGUUUCUGUAUACUGUUCGUGAGGAACGGAGGGGGAGGCAGUUCCGGCUGCGGUUUCAGCCGUAA